GCGGAUAGAAAGAGAAGAGAGGAUAGAUAGGCCUCAGAAGAAGAAGAGAGAGGUCUCUCAACAAUGGCCACUGCCACUGUUUCAAUUUCAACUUUAUGCGCUACUUUCGGAACCCAUUGCGCCAUUUCCCACAACCCAAAACCUCUAUUUUCUCAACCUUUCAAUCUCAAUCACUUUCCUUCUAACUCUUACAAGCUCGCUUUCUCGCCUCGCUCACCUCUUUCACCCCUUCCCAAGGCCUCUGAAUCCGCGGUAGCCGAAACCGAACCCGGUUCGGCCGAGCCCGAACCGGCCCAAAUUUCCCCGGCCCAACCUCCCUCCUGGGAACCCGGUCUCUUCGCUGUCGUAAUGAUUGGCGGACGCCAAUAUAUUGUUCACCCGGGGCGACAUCUUACUGUUCAGAGGUUAAAAGGUGCUAAUGUUAAUGAUAAGAUUGCCUUACACAAGGUUUUACUGGUUGGCACUGAUACAUCUUGCUACAUUGGGAAACCAAUUGUAACAAAUGCUGUAGUAUACGCAACGGUGGAAGAGCAGGGUCUAGACCCUAAAGUAAUUGUCUUCAAAUAUAAAAAGAAGAAACAUUAUCGCAGAAACAUUGGACACAGACAGCCAAAUACACGUAUACGGAUAAAUAGCAUUAUGGGCUAUGAAAACUACCCAAAAGUUACUAUGGACGAUAUCAAAUCAGACGAACCCGAAUCAUGAACAUCUUGUGCACUGUGCCUAUACUGUAGCUUCUUCCUCUUUAAAUAUGUAAUCAUUUGGUCAUCAUUAGUUUUGCUUUAAUUAGAAAUGUAAUGUAUUGUAAUAUUGUAUUGUUGUAAUCUCCCGCUUACAAACACAUUGCAAUUUUUCUCUCCAACUUUCUUUCACGUGCGAAUUUUAACUCUUCUAUAAUGAGCUUGUUAGUUUAGAAUUGUUGCA